AUGAUAACAAGAGGAUUCGCUAGGGGAGAAAUAACCAAGCCGUCUCGAAAGAGGUACUUAAAAGAAGUCUAUCACGUUGAAGAAGAGACACCCAAUCUCCCAACUAUCUCUUUCGCAAAAGAGGCGCAAGGAAUUGUGCUCGAACAUGAUGACCCCGUUGUAAUCACUAUGAUACUUACUAAUGCAAAUUUACAUAGGACCUUGGUGGACCAAGGAAGCUCAGCCGACAUACUGUUUAAGCCUGGAUUCGACAAGUUAGGGCUGGAAGAAAAGGAACUAAAAUCCUACCCGGAUACUCUUUUCGGGCUGGGGGAUACACCGAUUAGGCCAUUAGGCUUCAUUUCCUUAUAUACUACUUUUGGAAAAGGAUUGAAAUCCAAAACCUUAAACAUCGACUACAUUGUUGUGGAUGUAGCUUCGGCCUACGAUGUCCUAAUUGGCAGGACAACCUUAAAUCGACUAGGAGCCGUUGUCUCCACUCCUCACCUCUGCAUGAAAUUUCCAACCCAGGACGGAAUUGCUACCAUUAAGGGGGAUCAAAGGCUGGAGAAUUCCAACCUCUUCGCUUGGAAGGCCGUUGACAUGCCCGGAAUAGACCCCGGACUCAUGAUGCACAAAUUGGCAGUGUAUUCCAGUUCUCGACCUGUCCAACAAAGAAGGCGCAAGCUCGGACCAGAACGAGCUCAAGUGGUCAAAGAGCAAGUUCAAGCACUACUAGAAGCUGAAUUCGUCAGGGAAGUCAAGUAUCCAACAUGGUGCCACAUAUCAAAGGUUGAUGUACAAGAUGUUCGCACCCCCACCUUGGAAACUUAA